AUGGAACUUCUCCCCGAUGCUGAUAUCACGGCCACCGUCAAUGUCGCAAUGCAGGAAGCCAGCAAUGGCGAGGGUGAUGCCUACUUCAAAAAUAUCUGCUACACAAAGCCUAAGGUUCCAACCCUCUGGUUCCAAACCUCUACUCGGUCUUGUCGGUGGGGGAUCUUCCAACAAACCCCAAAGUCUACGUAA